AUGUAAUUGAUAUUUCUAUUCUUCUUGAUUCAAUGGAUUAAAUGUUGGAAUGUUAUAACUUCAAAAAAAAUCAUUGAAUCAAUUAAGAAUGAUUAUUUGAUUUUUGACGAUGAUUAUUAGAUUGUGGCUAAUGGAAGCUACUCAAUAAAAUACGAAGGAGUGAUAGGAUAUAGGAGAUUAAAUAUUAUGUUUGAUGCUAAAUCAAAUUGUAGUUAAGUAGACAUACUAAUUAAGGUUAAUGGAAUUAAGAGAAAUUUUCUUGUUGUAGAAAAAGAUUUUAAGGAAUAUCAUAUAGAAUUUGAGCAUUAGACUUCUGAUAUAAAAAUAGAAUUCAUCUUUGAUGAUUAGAUAUAAUUAUCAAUGAGGAACUUUAACAUAUUUAUUGAAGAAUGUCCAUAGAAUUGCAAAUUUUGUUUAUCUGGAUUUUGUGAUCUUGAGAUAAUAGAUUAAUGUGAAAAAUUACGAUUUAAAGAAUAAUGCGUUGAUGAAUGUCCAAAAGGAUAUUUAAGUGAGUUUAGAGAAUGCAUAAAAACAAGUAUAUAAUUUGAAAUAAAUGAGGUUUAAAUUAGAUAAGUUUAAAUUAAAAGUCUGUAAAAAAUGAUUUUGGAUCAAUAAAGAGAUUUGGAGACAAUUAAGAAUUAAUUAUUGAUUUUGAAUAGAAUUUUUAAGGAUGGUUAGAGAUAGUGUUUAAUUGUUAUGGUAAAUAGGAAGAUCACUAUAAUUCUAUUUUAAAGAUUUCUAAAGAAAAUACCUAAUCUGAAACAAUUCAUCCUUUUCUACCAAUUUAUUAUAAUACAUAAUCAUAUAAAUAUUGUAAAUAAAGGUUUGAAUUAGAUUGUAUUUAAGUGAAAGGUUACUGUAAAAUGGAAUUUUAAGAAAAAAAUAAUAUUAUGAUUUAGAGUUAUACAAAAAAUGUUGAGAAUUCUGGAUAUUGGAAUAUUGAUGAGAUUAAACUAUAUGAUAAAGAAAUUAAAUAUUAUGAUUGUUCAAUUAAUGAAUGUGAAUAGUGUUCAUUUAAUAAAUUAUGUAGUAAAUGCAAAUAAAAUUCAUAUUUAUAUUAGAAUUAAUGCAUUAAAUAAUGUCCUUAUUUUACAAUCUAAAAAGAUGCUAAGUGUAUUAACAUUGAUGAAUAAUAACAAGGUACUUUCUUUAAUGAUUUUUUAAGAUGUUAGUUUUCUCAUAAAAUUAGUUUCACCAUUUUAGGAUUUCUAGUAAAUUUUUGGCCAGAAAACUUUUGAUAUGAAGGAACUAAUUAGUUUUAGAUAUGAAAAUGGGACUACUUUUAUUGGUGGAGGUUUAAAAGAUAAUUGGCGUAGGACUACUUUUACUAAAUAAUUAAAUCUUGGAAAACAUUACUAGAUUAGAUUAAUGUUUAAUUUAUCAAUUGAGAAUUCUACUUCAGAUUCAGAUUGCUUUACUUACACAAUAGAUGGUAAAACCUUUUUAGUGCAUUAAAAUGUAUCUUACAUUGAUCGUACACUUUAUCAUAAUAAGAACAUCCUUAAUAUGAAUUUAGGAUGUAAAAUCUCGAGUAAUGGUAGAUGUGUCAUCUCUAAUUAUUAUUUUAUGACAAUGAAGGUAUUAAUCUUAUAUAAGUUAGUGUUCUCCUCUUUGUCUCUAAUGUGUGGGUUCACUUGCAUCUGAUUGCAGAGCAUUUCAAAAAGAUAUUGAUAAUUUUGACUAUUUAAAAUUAAAAUGUUUGGAAGGAUAUUAUUUAGAUAACUAUGGAUGUCAAAAAUGUUCUGUUGGUUGUUAGAUUUGUGAAUCUUUAAAUAAAUGUUUAAAAUGUAAAGAUGAUAAAGAUGGACAGUUUCAUUGUUUACCCUACAUCUGA